UUGGCCGCGAAGGCGCCGUGAGACACGGAAGGGCGGCAGCUCCUCCCCGAGCCUCAGUCACGGUGCCGUCAGCGGGAAGAACGAUGCGGGAGACCGGCCCGGGCGGAGCACAGAGAAAGCGGAACGGCGUGCCUCUCUUACCGGGGAGACCCUAAGGCGGAAGUCGGGGGAGCGGCGGGGAGCAGGACAGGGCCAGGGAAGGGGCUGGAGGCACCAGCGGCGGCGAUGCGGUGGGGAGCCGUGCUGCGGGUGCUGGUGCUGCAGGCGGCCUGGGCGGCGGCGGGCGGGCAGGUGCGCUACUCGGUGCCGGAGGAAGCGAAGGCCGGCACGGUGCUGGGCCGUCUGGCGCAGGACCUGGGCCUGGAGGCGGGCGAGGCGGAGGCGCGGCGGCUGCGGCUGGUGGCGCAGGGCCGGCGGGCGAGCGUGGAGGUGAGCGGGGCGAGCGGCGCGCUGGUGCUGAGCUCGCGGCUGGACCGGGAGGAGCUGUGCGGCAAGAGCGCGCCGUGCGCGCUGCGCCUGGAGGUGCUGGUGGAGCGGCCGCUGCGCGUGUUCCAUGUGGAGCUGGAGGUCACCGACAUCAACGACAAUGCCCCCGUCUUCCCCGCCGCACGAAAAAACCUCAGUUUAUCGGAGAACUCCCCUCCUGGGUUCCGUAUCCCACUGGAGGGCGCAUCGGAUGCGGAUAUCGGAGCGAAUGCUCAGCUCACCUAUACACUCAGUCCCAGCGAGCAUUUUUCUCUGGAAUUACAGAACUCCAAUGCGCGAAAUAUAGAACCUGAACUUGUUUUAACGAAACCUCUGGACCGCGAGACAAUUCCCGUUCACCGGUUGGUGCUGACAGCGAGUGACGGGGGCCGGCCGUCUCUGACAGGGACAAUGGAGCUGCUGAUCUCGGUUUUGGAUGCUAAUGACAAUGCGCCCCAGUUCAACCAGUCGGUGUAUAAAGUGCAGCUGCCAGAGAGCGCUGCUGUGGGGACGCUGGUGACACGGGUGAACGCUACGGAUGCAGAUGAGGGAAUUAAUAGUCAGGUGAUCUAUACGGUGACAAACUUCCUUCCCCCGAGUGGAAGAGAUGUAAUUUCCGUCAAUCCAAAUACCGGGGAGAUCCACCUCACUGGCGCUCUAGACUUCGAGGACGCCAAUAUAUUUAAUUUCCGUAUUGAAGCGAGAGACCAAGGGACACCUCCCCUGUCGGGUCACUGUAAGGUGGAGCUGGAGGUGCUGGACGUGAACGACAACGCGCCGGAGGUGUGGGUGACAUCGCUGUCGGUGCCGGUGCCGGAGGACGCGUCGUUGGGGACGGUGGUGGCCCUGCUGAGCGUGUCGGACCGGGACUCGGGGGCGAACGGUCGCGUGCGGUGCUGGGUGUGGCCGGCGUCGCCGUUCGGUCUGGAGGCGACGUUCGCGGGCUCGUACUCGCUGGUGCUGCGCGAGGCGCUGGACCGGGAGCGGGUGUCGGAGUACGAGGUGGAGGUGCGUGCGGAGGACGGCGGGGCGCCGUCGCUGCGCGCCAGCCGCGGGCUGGUGCUGAGCUCGCGGCUGGACCGGGAGGAGCUGUGCGGCAAGAGCGCGCCGUGCGCGCUGCGCCUGGAGGUGCUGGUGGAGCGGCCGCUGCGCGUGUUCCAUGUGGAGCUGGAGGUCACCGACAUCAACGACAAUGCCCCCGUCUUCCGUGUGGAUGAAGAAGCCCUCAGCAUCGCGGAAUUGUCUAUGCCCGGGUCUCGUUUCCCUCUGGAGGGCGCAUCGGAUGCGGAUAUCGGAGCGAAUGCUCAGCUCACCUAUACACUCAGUCCCAGCGAGUAUUUCAGUCUUGAUCAUCAGGGGAAUAAUGAUCAGAGUGCGUCUUUGGGUCUUAUUUUAACGAAAGCUUUGGAUCGCGAGACAAUUCCUGUUCACCGGUUGGUGCUGACAGCGAGUGACGGGGGCCGGCCGUCUCUGACGGGGACCAUGGAACUCGUGAUCUCGGUGCUGGAUGCAAACGACAAUCCGCCCCAGUUCAACCAGUCUGUGUAUAAAGUUAAAGUCUUAGAAGGUUCAGAGCUCGGGACUCUGUUAGUCACGCUUAGUGCCACUGAUCCUGACGAAGGGAUCAAUAGCGAUAUUGUAUAUUCAUUUAGUAGACGUGUUAGUACAAAAGUUGAAGAAAUGUUCACUAUCGAUGAAAACAAAGGAGAAAUCAGACUUCAAGGCAAAUUAGACUAUGAAGAAAUUAAUAGAUACGAGAUCCCUGUAGAAGCAAGGGACAAAGGAUCCCCCCCACUGUCGGGUCACUGCAAGGUGGUGCUGGAGGUGCUGGACGUGAACGACAACGCGCCGGAGGUGAUGGUGACGUCGCUGUCGGUGCCGGUGCCGGAGGACGCGUCGUUGGGGACGGUGGUGGCCCUGCUGAGCGUGUCGGACCGGGACUCGGGGGCGAACGGUCGCGUGCGGUGCUGGGUGUGGCCGGCGUCGCCGUUCGGUCUGGAGGCGACGUUCGCGGGCUCGUACUCGCUGGUGCUGCGCGAGGCGCUGGACCGGGAGCGGGUGUCGGAGUACGAGGUGGAGGUGCGUGCGGAGGACGGCGGGGCGCCGUCGCUGCGCGCCAGCCGCGGCAUCGCAGAACUGUCUGUGCCGGGAUCUCGUUUCCCUCUGGAGGGCGCGUCAGAUGCGGAUAUCGGAGCGAAUGCUCAGCUCACCUAUACGCUCAGUCCCAGCGAGCAUUUCUCUCUGGAUUUACAAAAAACCGAGGAGGAUGAUGAGUCCUUAUUCCUGGUGCUCAGAAAGCCGUUGGAUCGCGAGACAAUUCCCGUUCACCGGUUGGUGCUGACAGCGAGUGACGGGGGCCGGCCGUCUCUGACAGGGACAAUGGAGCUGCUGAUCUCGGUGCUGGAUGCAAACGACAAUCCGCCCCAGUUCAACCAGUCGGUGUAUAAAGUGCAGCUUCCAGAAAGUACAGAACACGGCACUUUAGUCAUCAAACUUAAUGCCACGGAUUUAGAUGAAGGGUCAAACAGAAAUGUCUUGUAUUCCCUCGACACUCUGUUCCCUCAGGAUGGAAAAGAGGUUUUCGAAAUAGAUAGAAGGACCGGAGAGAUUCGCCUCAGGAAUGACUUAGACUUUGAGGAUGUCAGUCUCUAUCGCCUGCAAGUGGAUGCUACAGAUCAAGGGACACCUCCACUGUCGGGUCACUGCAAGGUGGUGCUGGAGGUGCUGGACGUGAACGACAACGCGCCGGAGGUGAUGGUGACGUCGCUGUCGGUGCCGGUGCCGGAGGACGCGUCGUUGGGGACGGUGGUGGCCCUGCUGAGCGUGUCGGACCGGGACUCGGGGGCGAACGGUCGCGUGCGGUGCUGGGUGUGGCCGGCGUCGCCGUUCGGUCUGGAGGCGACGUUCGCGGGCUCGUACUCGCUGGUGCUGCGCGAGGCGCUGGACCGGGAGCGGGUGUCGGAGUACGAGGUGGAGGUGCGUGCGGAGGACGGCGGGGCGCCGUCGCUGCGCGCCAGCCGCGGGCUGCGGGUGCCGGUGUCGGACGUGAACGACAACGCGCCGGCGUUCGCGCAGGCCGUGUACACGGUGCUGGCGCGGGAGAACAACGCGCGCCACAGCCGCAGCCUGUGCGUGGCGGACGGCGCGGGCAAGAGCGACCUCAUGGUUUUCAGCCCCAACUUCCCUCCGCCGCCGCCGCCGGGCCCUGCUGCAGAAAACGGUUCUGCUGGGAAGGGGCCGUCUCUCUCCCCUCUUGCUUCAAGCGUGGGUUCGUUAACAGAAGGCUCUAGAAUAUCCGUCAGUGCCUUGAAUAAACGAUACCAAUUUCGCUUAGAGCUGUCAGUCGCUGUAAGCCCAGGCUGUUCUGACUGCCGCACGUUGUUCUGGAGAGCGCUGCUGAUUCAGGCGAUGUCACCAGGCACAGCCCUGGCAGCCGAGGCGGGGCUGGCAGCCGGGAGCGCUGCCGAGCGCUUCUGCGGGCGGCUCCGGGAGCGGGAGGAGCGGAGGGGAGGCGACUGCAGCGCCCGCUCCGCCGUGGUGGCCGGAGGAUGUUUUGCAGCUUCCAAACGAGAUUUUACAGGCAGGGAAAUGCUUCCUCGGAGCUGUCAGGCACUCCCAGUGCUCGGCGCGGAGCCGCUCCUGCCGCACGAGAGGGACCGAGUCCCCGUGCCCGCUGUCGCUGGUGUCCUCCCCGGCAGCUUCCGUCAAGCCCGGUUGUCUCUGACUGGGGGUCAGCAGACCGAUCUGUUGUGUUAA